AUGGAUGACAAUGAAGGUAGAAGUGAAGAAAUUUCGGUCGUAGAUCCGGUGACGGAACGAACGCCGCCGAUACUGGAACGGAAGUAUCGAUAUAUAAUACUUGAACCAGCUGUUCUGCUGAUAUUCUUCGCCUGGAAUGUUGCGUCUGCUGUCUUUGCAAAUCAAAUCGUGUACCAAACUUGUACCGCUGCUUUAGGCAAAAAUGAAUCGCUCUGCGAUCAACUUGGUACGGAAAACGAAACGGAAGAGAUUCUGGAGCUGGAAAAGGCGGUCCAACCGUACGCGGCUAACAUCAUGAUGGCAAAAUCGUUGGUGGAAUCGAUCGUGCCCGCACUGUGCAGCAUGUUCAUUGGUCCAUGGUCGGAUCGAUUCGGCCGAAAACCGGUGCUAGUUUCUUGUUUUACGGGUGCCUUUUUAACCUACGCUAUUGUCGCGCUGAUUAGCUACCUUUCCAUGUACUACACAAUCAACCCAUGGUAUUAUGUGUUAGCCUCGAUCACGACGGCAUUGUCCGGUGGAACCUGUGCGCUGAUUACCGGGGUGUUUUGUUACAUUGCCGAUGUAACUCAGGAGAAAAAUCGCGCUACAAAAAUGGCUAUCGUAGAAGCGGCUGUGUUUACCGGACUGCUGGCGGGAACCUUGAGCAGCAGCUAUAUUCUCCGCUGGACAAAUGGAGCCACCGUGUUUACAGUUGCAGCCGGGUCAGUGCUUCUCGGCUUGCUGUACAUUAUAUUUUACAUCGAGGAAAGCAUAAAACCGAACGAACUGAGUGAAACGAACAGCAAAUUGCGGGAACUGUUCCGGCUGGAUUUAGUUUCCGAGCUUAUGCAGACGUGCUUUAAGCGACGACCGAAUUACGAUCGCUUGAUCAUUUGGCUGGUAAUUAUGGCACUCGGAGCUAACAUCUUCGCUAUGGAUGGGUCCCAGACGGUGUUUCUGCUCUUCUUACGAGAACGCUUCGGAUGGACAGUAAAAGACUACUCGUUUUACGAUGCAACCAGCAUUGUGUUCAUGAUUGUUGGCAAUACGAUCGGUUUGUACGUUAUACGGAAGCUUUUCAACUUAUCCGUCACUAUGCUUGCCGCCCUCGGGUUUUGCUUCUAUGCUAUCAACAGCACAGUUCACGGGCUGGCAUCUGAACCAUGGCAAUUGUACAUGGGUGUAGCGAUUUGCUUUAUGAAAGGAAUUGCAGGUCCUAUGAGCAGGGCCGUUAUCUCAAAUACGGCACCGCCAAAUGAUAUUGGAAAGAUUUUCUCGCUGACAACAUCGAUCGAAUCGAUAACUCCGCUGUUUUCGGCACCACUGUACACCUUCGUGUACAAGGGUACUUUGUCGUGGUAUCCGGGCGCAUUUAAUUUAAUCACUGCCACCGUCUAUUUCACCUGUUCGUGCCUAAUGAUAUUUGCAAGAAUUUUCCAAAGUAUGUAUCAAACCACUACAUACACAUCAAUUAAUUAA